AUUCUCUUCUUCCUCUCUCCCUUUCUGUACUCCUGUCACCAAACUUUGGUGAGACAACCACUCUCAGAACUCACUAAUAUCUGUCUCUCUUCUUUGUCAAUGCUCAUGGCUGGUCUACUGCUCCUUUUGCUUACUGUGUCUGCGUUUGGUGGUUCAGAUGCUGCUUGGUGUGUUUGUGAGUCUGAUGCGAGCACGACAGCCCUGCAGAAGACACUGGACUAUGCUUGUGGAGCUGGGGCUGACUGCAAUCCUAUUCUGCAAGUUGGUGCAUGCUACGACCCCAACACAGUGCUUGCCCAUUGCUCUUAUGCUGCCAACAGCUAUUACCAGAGGAAUGGGCAGGCGCAAACAGCCUGUGACUUCUCAGGAACAGCCAUGCUUACCUCCACAGAUCCAAGUGCAAAUGGUUGUGUCUACCCUGCAACUCCCAGUGCUGCAGCAACCUCAAGCACACCAACAAGCACAAGCACUACGCCAAGCUCAGCGACACCAAGCACCUUCAGCCCACUGACAAGCAACACAACCAAUGGAGUACUGGGAGGAAUAGGUCCUUCGGGAACAACAAGCAGCUUGGAUGGCAGUGAUGGAGGUUUGCUCCGAAAGGCAGGGAUAGGCUCUCUCCUAACUGUUCUCCUUCCAAUACUGGUUCUACUGAAGGUAUGAUUUGGAAAUGUACUCUCGGUCAUCGGAUCCUGAGAAGAAAAGAGUGGUUGAGGCGUGGUAACCGAUGCAUGUGAUCACAGGUUCUGAUUCCUUGUGCUUGGUUGGUAUGGAUUGGUAGGAUGGCUGUCCCUUUUGGUCAUGGACCCUUGUCUGCUUAUUUUCUUUUCCUUUUUGUACAUCGUUUUAGGGAAGAAGCAGUUCAUCAAUUGAAACAGGCUUUGUUGCUUUGCCUUUUAGACUACCGAGCUGUUCUGUUUGAUGUCUA